GUUGUUGCCGCCGCUGCUUUCGGAGGAUCAAGCACAGCAUAGAGAUUCAACUGAACAAUCUGACUUUGCAGUAUAUAUGAUGGAUAGGCAUUGCCUGAGUUGUUUCUUAAUGCUUAUAUAAGAUUAAAGGUAAGGCAUGAUCCAGCAGGAGAGGCAUUACAGGUCCCAUCGACUAAGGAAUGUCAUCUGAUGGGACCCAGGAAAGGAGCCUUUUCUGCCAUGGCGGCUGCCCUUUGGAACAUCAUUUUCCCCCAGUACUUAGAUUGGCACCUUCCCUUCUGGCAUUUAGGAAGGGUUUGAAGACUUGGCUGUGCCAUCAUGCCUGGUGGUCCAGCAAUAGUGGUUCAAACAAGAUUCUGGGUGACAUUCCUCACAAAUGGAGAACUAUUUCCAGACAGAGGCUUAUAACCUUGAUAAGGUUUUAGAUGAAUUUGAACAAAAUGAAGAUGAAGCUAUUUCACCUACAUUGUUGGAAGCAAAGUGGAGUCAGAUCCUAGAUCCUCCUCCUCAUCGACUGACUUUAAACCCAACUCUAGCCAGUGUAAAUGAAUCAACCAUUUCUAAGUGUCCAGAGAAAUUGAAAUCCUUUUCCCUGUCACAUAUAGCCACUACAUCUAUAGGAGGAGGGGAUUACUGUUUUAAUGGCAAAAAUCCUAAUAUGAGCCAAGAAAACACAAACAUGUGGAUUGAUGACCAGGCAACAACAGAUGAUCAGUUGGUUAUGAGAAACAGUAAUCCAAAUAUUCAGUGUAACUCUGUUGAUGACGAAGGGAAAAAACGUGGCAGUAUAGACUGUUUACCAGAAGAAAAAAACGUUCUAGUUGUAGCAGUCAUGCAUAACUGUGACAAAAAAACAUUACAAAAUGAGUUGCUGGAUUGUAAAAGUUAUAGCAGCCCCCCUUUAAUGGAUACUGUUAGCUUUACACUGGAUAAUGAAGUCCAACAAACCAAUCAUCUUCAUAUUACUGUAAAUGGGUCUGUUGAAAAAGAUACAGAUACUGAAAAAGAACCAGUACUAACAACAAGUCUGAAUGCAGGUGAAGAUUCUAUUAACCAUGAUAUCGCUGCUGCUACUGCUUCAGAUUGCUCAUCCAGUGACUCUUCUUUGUUAAAGGAGAUUGAUAAUGCAAAUAAAGAUACUCACUUCUCACAAACUACUGCAUCAGGGAUUAGAAUUCCCUUUCAGAGGUCAUUUGACCCAAGCAUUAAAGUGCAAGAACAAUAUGCAUCAGUUGAAGAUUUAGAUACUGAUGUAGUUGCUCAGAAAACAGAACUGGAAAUCAAAAGUUCUUCACCUAAUACACACAAUGAUAGCUUUUCCAUAAAGACUUCCAUAACAGAGCAGAUGGCCUCAAAAGUUCAGUCAGGGAUAGCUGAGUUCUCUACAACAUGUAAGUUGAAUGUAUUGGGAAGUGGCAAUGAUUGUGAAUCUUCUGAUGGAUAUUUGACCUCUCAAGAUGUUACUGCUGUUGAAAAUGAAGCUGGCAAAUAUGAUAAAAAACUCAACACAAGUAACUUAUUCAGCACUGCUGCUCAUUCAUCAGAUUGUCAAGAGAUGACAAAUGAAGAACUGACUCAACAAAAUGAAAUGGGAAAACAAAUAGACACAGAAAAUGAAGUACAGCAGCAAAGAUAUAGUAUCAGUGCAGGUAACAGUGAUGGCAUGUUAGAAAUAGAUACUGAUUUAAAAGGGUCCUCUAUAAAUGAGCUUGAAAAUUCCAGUCCAAUUGAUGUCACGGGGACAUCAUUGUCAAGUGGGCUGCCCAAUUAUUGUGAUUCCUAUGGAAUACAGAACUCAGUUAUUGCUCAUAUUCCAAAGACUUUGCCCUCCAAGGAAGACUCUGUAACGGAGGAAAAGGAGAUAGAAGAGAGCAAAUCAGAAUGCUAUAGUAAUGUUUAUGAACAAAGGGGAAAUGAAGCCACAGAAAGAAGUGGACCCACUUCGAACUGCUCUGGUGACCAAAUGAGAAAAAAAUGUUUGCAUAAUCUCUGCAGUCAGAUUCCAUCUGAAUCAACCGAAGCAUCAGUAAAAUCAGCAGCUCAUUUACAAUCUCUCAGUGUUCCCUUUGGUGGUGCCCGACCAAAACAGCCUACAAAUCUUACACUACAAAUUCCAAAGCCAUUAUUGGAUCAUUUACAAAAUGACUUGGUUCCUCCAAACUGUGGUGGGAAUAGUAAAAAUAAAAAUGAUAUAAGUGAAAAAAUAAAAAUAAGCGAAAAUGUAGCAACAAAUAUAUAUGCUGAUGAAACAGUGCAGAAUGCUCUGGUCACAGAUGCAAGUGGUGAGCAUGCAGAUGACUAUGAUUCUGUGGUUUCCAAUAGUUUGUGCCUUGCAACAGCCUCCGAUAGCCCUGACAAUGAUCUUGGAGCUGGCCAGUUGGGUGUUCAUACAAGAAAGCCAUUUACUACUUUGGGUGAAGUCGCUCCAGUUUGGGUCCCAGAUUCUCAAGCACCAAACUGUAUGAAAUGUGAGGCCAGAUUUACAUUCACUAAAAGAAGGCACCAUUGCAGAGCCUGUGGAAAGGUUUUCUGUGCAGCGUGCUGUAAUCUGAAAUGCAAAUUGCUGUAUAUGGAUAGAAAGGAAGCCAGAGUAUGUGUAAUUUGCCAUUCGGUACUUAUGAAUGCUCAAAGCCUGGAGAAUAUGCUGAGUGCCCCUAGUCCGAGCCCCAAUCCUAACAAUCCUGCUGAAUACUGUUCUACCAUUCCUCCCUUGCAGCAAGUCCAGGCUUCUGGAGUGCUGAACUCUCCACCACCUACUGUUAUGGUCCCAGUGGGAGUCUUAAAGCAUCCAGGUACUGAAGUGACUCAGCCUAGAGAACAAAGACGUGUUUGGUUUGCUGAUGGGAUCUUACCCAAUGGCGAAGUUGCUGAUGCAGCCAAAUUAACAGUGUCUGGAACAAGUUCCACUGGAGCACUUGCAGUAUCACAUGACCCAAGCAAGCCCAUAAGCAACAACACUUUGCCAGAAGAGACUGAAAACACACUUGCAUUUUCAAGAAAUAUAACUCAGGUUGGAAGUCCCGUUGGCAGUGCAAUGAAUCUUAUUCCAGAAGACGGGCUUCCUCCAAUUCUCAUCUCUACUGGGGUAAAAGGAGAUUAUACUGUAGAAGAAAAACCAUCUCACAUAUCAGUGAUGCAACAGCUGGAAGAUGGUGGCCCUGAUCCUCUUGUAUUUGUUUUAAAUGCAAAUUUAUUGUCUAUGGUUAAAAUUGUAAAUUAUGUGAACAGGAAAUGCUGGUGCUUUACUACAAAGGGAAUGCAUGCAGUAGGCCAAUCAGAAAUAGUAAUUCUUCUCCAAUGUUUACCUGAUGAAAAAUGCUUACCCAAGGAUAUUUUUAACCACUUUGUGCAACUUUAUCAAGAUGCCUUGGCAGGUAAUGUUGUGAGCAACCUAGGACACUCAUUUUUCAGUCAGAAUUUCCUUAGUAGCAAGGAGCAUGGUGGCUUUCUAUAUGUUACGCCUGCGUAUCAGUCACUGCAGGACUUGGUGCUUCCCACCCCACCAUAUUUAUUUGGGAUUCUUAUUCAGAAAUGGGAGACUCCUUGGGCUAAAGUUUUUCCAAUCCGACUGAUGCUAAGACUCGGAGCUGAAUACAGAUUGUAUCCAUGUCCACUUUUCAGUGUCAGAUUUCGUAAGCCAUUGUUUGGUGAGACUGGUCACACAAUUAUGAAUCUUCUUGCAGACUUCAGGAAUUACCAGUAUACAUUACCAGUUGUCCAAGGCUUAGUGGUUGAUAUGGAAGUGAGAAAAACAAGCAUAAAAAUUCCCAGUAACAGAUAUAAUGAGAUGAUGAAAGCCAUGAACAAAUCCAAUGAGCAUGUUUUAGCAGGUGGUGCAUGCUUCAAUGAAAGAGCAGACUCCCAUCUGGUUUGUGUGCAGAAUGAUGAUGGCAACUAUCAGACUCAGGCCAUCAGUAUUCAUAAUCAACCAAGGAAGGUGACUGGAGCCAGCUUCUUUGUAUUUAGUGGAGCUUUAAAAUCAUCUUCAGGCUAUCUUGCAAAGUCCAGUAUUGUAGAAGAUGGUGUGAUGGUACAGAUAACAGCUGAAAAUAUGGACUCCCUGAGGCAAGCUCUGAGGGAGAUGAAAGACUUCACAAUUUCUUGUGGAAAAGUGGAUGCUGAAGAACCUCAAGAACAUGUGCAUAUUCAGUGGGUGGAUGAUGAUAAAAACUUCAACAAAGGUGUUGUAAGUCCUAUUGAUGGGAAAUCUAUGGAGUUUAUAAUAAGUGUGAAGAUAUUCCAUGGUUCAGAAUAUAAAGCAAAUGGGAAGGUCAUUAGGUGGACAGAGGUUUUCUUUUUGGAAAAUGAUGACCAACAUAAUGGUCUGAGUGACCCAGCAGAUCAUAGCAGACUGACUGAGAAUGUGGCUAAGGCUUUCUGCCUGGCCUUAUGUCCACACCUGAAGCUGUUGAAGGAAGAUGGAAUGACCAAGCUGGGUCUACGAGUUACACUUGACACUGAUCAAGUAGGCUACCAGGCUGGGAGCAAUGGCCAGCCACUGCCUGUUCAGUACAUGAAUGAUCUGGACAGUGCCUUAGUUCCAGUGAUUCAUGGAGGGGCAUGCCAGCUGAGCGAGGGCCCAGUCAUAAUGGAGCUUAUUUUUUAUAUCCUGGAAAACAUCUCAUAAGAGGA